UCCUACUUCAACGAAAAAAUAUACUUCAAGUAAAAACUGAAGCCCACAUAUGUAAAUGAAAGCAAAGUUUAAUUGAAAUAGAGGGCAUGCUAUAAGCAACGCGUCCGAACGCAUCCGAGUAAACAAACGAGGAGCAAAACACAGACUUGCAAUGGCUCUUGUUGCAUACAGCGACGACAGUGAUCUAGGCAGUGACUCGGAGGAUGUCGAGGAAUCCCCCAAAGUCACCGUCAACGGUGAAAGUAAGGCCAAACAGCCACCGGAGAGCAGUGAUAAGGAACAGGCCAGUUCCCAGAUCGAUCCGGAGGCCAACCCCAAGGCAAACCCCAAGGCAAACCCCAAGGCAGAGCCGAACCUCGGAGGCGUCGGUACGAGCGUGGAUGACAUUGUAGAUUUCGACGAGGAUGACACGACGGAGACAAGGAGUGGUCUGCUGGCUGCCAUCCCUCGUGCCAAGCCAAGUCUGGAGGCCAGUAUCCCCUUAGGUGCGGAGGUGGAUGAGGUGACGGAUGUGCCGACUGUGGACACCUGGAAAGUCACCCAGAAGAUAAAGGAGGAGGGUGGUGAUUCACAGAUCAAUAGAGCAUCCAGUGCGUCCGUUGCAGUUAAAAAGAAGAAGGAGAAGAAAAAAAUACAGUUUAUUAUUCCGUCCCUGUCUGAGUUUGCUGAGGAGGAAGAAGAGGAGGAAGAGAAAGAGAUACCUGAGCGCAAGAAGGUCCAACCCUCAUCUCUGGGGACAGGGCUCUUUGCAGUGUUACCUGAGCCUAAGAAUUUGGCAGUGAAGGAGACGAAACGCUCUCUUGUACCCCACAUCCUCACCAAAAGACCUACGGAACCCCCACAAAAGAAGCCAAGAAAGGCGCCAACACAGGUUAGGCCUUUGGUGGAAGCAAAUGACUCUGAUGAGGAAGCAGAGACUGGUGGGUCCUCUGAUUUCUUUUCACUCACUGACACAGCACCUGACCCAGCUACCCUGGGUAGAGCGGUUGCCUCAAUUACUACUGCGCCAGAUGUUGAGCCCCCAGUUCCCAGAACACCUGUUUCUCAGAACUUGCCUGUAUCUGAAGAUAGGGUCAAUGAACCUGUGGCUUCCAUGAAUGCUUACACAGACAGCGUGUAUCCUCAAACUCAUAGUGAGGAGCAAGACUUCUAUCCGGUUCAGGGGCAGGAGGAGCAGACCCCACAGCCAGCAUCCUUUGACCAGGAGGCGAUGCUGCGUUUGACAGGGAAGCGGCGUGGCAAGGGUGAGGCCAUCAACUUCAUUGAUGUUAGUGCGGACGAUGCCUUGCUUACACGAGAUGAGUGGAUGACAAAGGCCCUAACAGAAGAGAAGCCAACGCAGAGCUUCAGCAAGAAGAGGGAGGGGAUGCCCUCACAGAGGACCAAGCAGAAGCACCAGAUCACCUUCCUGGCUCACCAGGCCAAGGAGAGAGAGCUGGAACUCAAGAACAAUUGGGCUCAAAACCGAAUGACCAAAAUGCAAACCCAGGCAAAGUAUGGCUUCUGAUUCCUCAUGUACAUUACUGUAAAUAUUUAUUUUUCUAAAAACAAAGUGUCGGAUUUUGCUACAUGUGUUUGUAAAUUUACAUCCUUUUUAUUUAAUUUCUAAUGACCUUACCUAUCUCGUUUUCCGUGAUUUUUAUUUUUAAGAAAAUAUAUUUACGAUUUGCCACCUCCAGUCUUUUCUUCACCCAACUAAGAUUUGUUUACUUGUGCUCAGUAAUGUGCAAAAUAAAUGGUCAUUGCGAGAAUACUGAAUGACAAGGAAUGUUAACUGAAAUUACAGUGAAAUACUGAAUAACAAUUUAGUUUUGAAUUGCAAAGGAAAUAUUGAGUAACAGUUGACUUGUUGAUUGAAUAAGAAUGGAUAUUUGACUUGUUAAUAGUUGGAAUUAAAUGCUAGUUUAAGA